AUGUACACAUUCACAGCAUCUGCCGAUGAAUUAUUUGUGAAGUUCGUGGAAGAUCGCGUCUGGGGCUUGUAUUCCAAGAUUUUGCACUGGCGGGCCAAAUUUUCCCAUGGGGAAGACGCUGUCCAGGUUAACACGCACUUGGAAGACCUUCUCCUGCAAUCCACAAGUACUGGAGAUGCUGCCUUUGAUCGCAAGGAAAAAUGUUUCAAAGUUGAGGGACGACGUUCAGACAAAGUCCUUUGGUACACCGUGCGAAAAGCUGUUGUGGCGAGCAAGCAGGGCAAUUGUGGCCUUGCGAGGGAGCUCAUCCAGGAAGCCUCAGAACCCUUCCCAUUCUUCGCGCUGCGCAAUGCGCGCGUAUUCCUCCACCGAUCUUACAGUUCGGCAUGCAUCGAGCUCACCGCAGGCGACUGCGACAAGGCCGAGUCUUAUUUCACCGCCACGAUUGAAAUCUGCGAUGUGCAAAGCGAUCUUAUGCGUAAGGCAUUCAGCAUACGUGGACUAGGGGAGAUCGCGUUUACGCGUAGUAACUUUGCUCUAGCCACACAGCGCUUCGAAGAGACAAGGUCUUUGUGCGCUGAAAUGGGAGUGCCUCCUCAGCAUUUGUACAGCUGCUUUCUGUUGGAUACUUUACCAGACAGAUUCGAAGGAUGGGUGUUAUUCCUGGAGGGUCUCUCGCCAUUUAUGAACGAUACUAUGUAGAUUGUAUAUGUUAGCCUGCAGUUGUAUUUCACGAGUAGUUUCAUCAUCGUUGUAUUAUAUCCAUGGCAAGGAAGUUAAUAAUGACACAA